AUGGGAGCGUCGUCGGACUCGACGAAGGUGGUGCAGGAGCUUCUGCUAUACUGCGCGAGCGCCGCGCUGAGUUGUCUGGUGCUGUUCGUCGGGCUUCGGCAACUGGACCCCAACAGGGCGGCCAGCAAGAAGGCCCUCGAGCACAAGAAGGAGAUAGCCAAGCGCCUUGGCCGCCCCUUGAUCCAGACCAACCAAUACGAGGUAUCUAUCACGUAGUGCUUGCCUGCGGUCCUCUCCGAUUGCUCUCACAACGAAUUGUGAUUAAAUCUUUCUUUUUUUGCCUAGCAUGAAGUUGUUUUAGAGCUCUCUCCAACAUUCGAUAUGUGUUAUCCCUUGUGAGGACUUCAUGGUUUCAUGAUUGUUUGCUCCUUCAUUUACCGCUUUCAAUUAGCUUCACAUGCCUUUGAGGGGUUCUCCGUACAAGAAAAAGUACCUUCCCUUUCCCUUUCAAUCGAGCUUUUUUCGUCUGUUAUCCUUUAUUUCGGGUGACCAUGCGAUAUUCACACAUCGUCUGUCAAAAUAUUGCGUUGUUCUGCCCUUGAAAUGGUUCGUUUUAAACUUUUCCUUAUUUGGAAGUGGAUACUGUCACAUAGUCGUCAAGUAUGAAAAAUAAGAACUGGAAAAUAAGAACCGGAAUAUUCAAUGAACUUUAUUUCAAAAAAACAGAACUCCCCCUGCCCAAGUAAACUAUACACAUAGACGUCGUAUGCCGCUCUGUACCUUGAGCUUUCAAAGUGGAGGAUUCAUCUUCCUCCUCAUUAUGAAGCAUCCCUGUUCACUCUUUCACCCUUACAGCAAUGAUAAAAAGAGCUCUAUCCACAGCGCGGCUAUCAUCCCUAAAGAUGCGAUUUUUCAUUCCUUACAAAUGACCCACACUACUCAGUCCCUUUUGAGUUGUCAACUUGCCCACCCGAUUUCUCCAUGCCUACCGCCAGCUUAUGCCAAUCGUGCUGAAGAUCAUGGCUUAAUCUGCCAUUAGAAGCGACGACAAUUGAUUCAUUUCCUUCUCUUCCUCGUGAUAUAAAGUUCACGAAGUGUUUACACAAUCAAAUCAGAGGCUACUCAAUCUAAUUUAUUAUUUCUCCAUCCCUUGUCUUUCUAUCAAAUCGUCAUCAUCUUCCCACGCUUGUCUUUUAUGUAACCCUUCAGAGAAAGGAUUUAAUGAACAAGAAAUUAUUUCCGUGACAUUCUCCAUGGUGGCCAAUUUCAUGUAGGGUUCUUGGAUAAUAAAAACCUCUGCUGGAAAGACUUAAAGGUGAAAUCAUGUCUGGCCAACAUGUGGCCUGCAGCCUCUUCGAUGCUAUUACAAAUAAAGAGAGAAAGUUAUUGUUCAAUCUUAUGGUUCUAUAUCCUCAUUUCAGUCUGCCCAGCAUGCUAUAAAAGUAAAAAUCACUAGUUAUCGGCUAAGUUAACUCCUUGUAAAAUACAUUGUUAGCUAUUCAAUUUCUUCUUCUCCAUAUCAAUCCAAUGUUUCAGCUCAGAUCUUGAUGGAUUUCUCACUAUUGACUUUAAGCUCAGUUCCUUGAUUGUGGGAAACGUAAAUGAGUCAUUUUGAAGCAACGCAAGCCAGGAAAACAGUUGAAAGUUUUCUUGUAAUUACACCACGCAAUUGAAAAGUUUUUUUUUUUUCACCCAUGCCUACUGCUUGGGCUGUUUUCUUUCGUUUGCUUGCAUGAACUUUUGAAACUUAUUCUUUUGGUUUGCCCUGCUGAAUAUGUGUUAUUUAUUCUCUGGGAGUAUGCUCACAGUUUUGCAUUGAUCUUUGUGUUUUUUUUUUUUUUUGCUUUUUGGGUGCAUUCAACUUGGGAACUUUCUUUCUUCAAGCUUUACUCAGUACUGUUAAGCAUUUAUGUGCUUUCAUUUUUUUUCUAACGAUUUAUGUAAUGUGUAGGAUGUAAUCGCAUGUGAUGUUAUAAAUCCUGACCAUAUCGAUGUGGAGUUUGACUCUAUUGGAGGUUUGGAUGGCAUUAAGCGUUCGCUAUAUGAAUUGGUUAUCCUUCCUUUGCGGAGACCUGAGCUCUUUGCACAUGGGAAACUUCUUAGUCCUCAAAAGGGUGUGUUACUGUAUGGACCACCUGGGACGGGAAAGACAAUGCUUGCCAAAGCCAUUGCAAAAGAAUCAGGAGCAGUUUUUAUCAAUGUGAGGGUAUCUAAUUUGAUGAGUAAAUGGUUUGGAGACGCACAGAAACUUGGUAUGGAGAAACUGUUUACCCAGCUUCUGUUAUUGAUUUAUGCAUUGGAAUGUGUAUUACAAUCACCUUUUUUGUAUAUCAAAAUUUCUGGAUGCAGCUUUUGGUUGCAAUGAGUAUGCAGUCAUGGGAUCAUUUUGAUUAUUUCCAGUUGACUAAUCGGUUUCCCUCAUCUCUUUUAAUUGUGUAUUCAUUACAUCGCAAGUUUUCUUGCUCUUGCAACAUGCACAUGGCACAAUCCAUUAAAGAUAUAUCUUCCGUUCUUCUAUUUUUCUAUUUGAAUAUUAUUUUAUUUAUUUUUAAUUUCUUGUAUUUUCUUUAUCAUUAUCUAUCUUCUGUGCCUGCCAACCGCUUGUGAUUGCUUAGUCCUAGUCUGUCUCUGCCAAGCUUAUGGCCUGAUUUGGGAGUUUAGGCCUGCAUUGACAGCCUGCUGAAAGGCAUUUUCGGAUUUUUAUAUAUAGCUAGUGGCACGAAUGGAAUGAUGUGUGCUUUUGUGCUCCCUUUUGGUUUAGCAUGAACAUCCUUCAAAUUUUUAAUUAGCAGCUGAAUGAUAAAUUUACAUUUUGUAUGAUAUUUCGUUUAUCUAUAUUUUCAGUUAGUAGUCCAACUUUGUGAGUUAGGCUGGCCUCGUCAGUUCUUGAUAUGUGAUUGUUUUUUUUUUUCUGGACGUUUGCAGUGACAGCUGUCUUUACCUUGGCCUACAAACUCCAGCCUGCUAUCAUAUUUAUUGAUGAAGUUGAUAGUUUCUUGGGUCAGCGGCGUACUACGGAUCAUGAAGCCAUGACUAACAUGAAAACAGAAUUUAUGUCAUUGUGGGAUGGAUUUACCACUGACCGUAAGUAUUUGAAAUAUCACCUGUCAUUAUCUCUUGCAUUCUUCUUAUGCUUUUAUGGCUUCAAAGCAUUGUUGUAUCUCUUGGCCUGCAAAUCAUUUUUUGGGCUCUACUUGUGUCAUCUUCAGUUGGUGUCAUACAGCAUUCGAAUCUAUCUUGUGGUCUGCCAGUUUCAUCUGAUAUUUUCGCUUGAGAGAGGGAGGGAGGGAGAUUAUUAACGCUGCUCUGAGGGCAGUCAUGCAUAAUUUGGGAUGAAUUAGAACUGCAUAGGUAAUAUCAGAGAAACAUGGAAGGAAAAAAUGGUCAAGUUGAUUGAUAACUGUCAUGACUUGUAACAGGUGAUUGUUAUCAAUUCUUAACAUGCCAACCAAUCCCUCAUUUACUCUUCCAUUUGUCGGUUGAUCUGAUGUCAACAAGUGUCAGUACAGUUUCUCUUGCACUUUCAAUUUUCUGGCUAAUCAAUUAUCCGCGAUUGAAUUUUCCAACAUGCUAGCCAGUAAGUUUGCUGUCUUAAAGAAAUAUAAACAAUUUUCCGCAAUUGGGUUUUUCUUUUCUUGGAUUCGAAAAUGAAAACAAUUGGGUUUUCAGUGGAUCCUUACUUUCAGAAUCUCUCUCUAUCGUGUUUUAUUGUUGGUAACGAAAGGGUCCUUAUCGAGAUAAAGGGUCAAAAGUGUUAUUUUUAUCAUUUUGUUGCCCUAUGUUAUAUUUAUCUUAUUGAAUUCUCACUAUGGUAGCUCAUCUAUUUUGCUAAGCACAAGUGUGUUUAUGUUAUCCAUGUCAGGUGGGGGGGCUGCGUUCUAGCUUCCAUGUGGAAGUUCAUGUAGAAUAAAUAACUUUGGGCUCUCUUCUUGUGGUUUAUGCAGAAAAUGCCCGCGUAAUGGUCUUAGCUGCUACAAACCGUCCAUCUGAGCUGGACGAGGCAAUACUUAGGCGUCUCCCUCAAGCUUUUGAAAUCGGAAUCCCUGACCAGACUGAGAGGAUUAAGAUACUGAAGGUGAUUUUGAAAGGGGAAAGAGUAGAAGAAGACCUUGAUUAUGAUUAUAUAGCCAGCCUGUGUGAAGGGUUCACUGGAUCAGACCUGUUUGAACUCUGCAAGCAAGCUGCUUAUUUCCCUCUCAGGGACUUAUUGCAAGAAGAAAGACAAGGGAAAAAGUCCCCUGUGAGUUUACCUUCCUCUUUUUCAUUAACAUAUUUUAUUUCAGCUUUACUGUACUUGGUUUUGGAAACAUUUCUUUGCGGAAUUCACUUGGAGUUGUGAAGGGGUCGAUUACUGUCUAGAGGAUGUUGAUAAAUUCAUCGCAUUUCUCACGAAAUUCUUGCGUAUUCCCUUCAAAGAGAUUGUUCAUGAGGCUGCAAUAGCAUUCAAUAUCUACUUACCGUUUUUGUAGUCAUAUAACUCAUGGUUCUGCUACCAUUUUCAAAAUGUCUGAAUCUGCAAAGAACUGCUUGACAAUUUGAACUUGGAGCCACAAAACCUAGGAAACCUUUUUUUCCAUGAUUGAGUUCGAUUAUAUCGCCUAUUUUUGUAUUGCCUAAAGAUAUAAUCCGAUUAGUAGGCGAGGGCCGAUCGUUUGAGCCUCUCUCCUGAGUAGAGUCGAUUGUCAUCUUGACGGCAAGAUAAUCUUUACUUUCUCUCUCUAGAUUCUAUUUCUAGAGGGCUCUUCUGUGAUUAUACUUGGGAUCAGUAUCCAUUGUUGCCAUGCCCAAGUAAUUCUGAGGUUGGCAAUUAAUCUGUGGAGAGGAAAAAUACCAUUUUUGUCCACGUGUGGUGACUAGCUAUUUUUGGAUAAUCUUCACUUCUUAGAGCACUCUACACUUCAGGGACUUCUUACAGGUCUUCAUAAUUAUUAUUUUUUAAGUAUCUAUAAUUAUCUCUACCAUCAUAAGUUCGUGUUCUUUCAGUGUUGUGGUUGAAGAUUGAUCACCUGAACUAUUAUUUCUUUAAUUAGUUACUCAUAAUAGUAUUAUCAACUCCGGAUCUAAUCCUCUCUCUCUCUCUCUCUCUCUCUCUCUCUCUCUCUCUCUCUCUUUCUCUCUCUGUGUUCUUUCAAUAUGGUAUGAUCGAAGAUUAAUAACUUAGACUCUUUUUUUCUUAAGUACAUAGUCACAUAGCUGAGUUAACUCCAAACCUAAUCAUCUCUCUCUCUCUCUCUCUCUCUCUCUCUCUCUAUCUAUCUAUCUAUCUAUGCUUGUAGAUCCCGAGGGCGCUGUUGCAGACAGAUCUAGAGAAUGCCCUCUUAGCGUCCAAGAGAAUUAAGGCGGCGACGGGCGACUACCAGUUUGGGUCCCCUUCUUCGCUGUCGAGGAACGGCGAGGACGAGAGUCACUUGGCGCAGAACACUUUCUCGGAGAUCUACAAGCUCAUGUCUCGCAUUGUCAACAGCAACAACACCGCCGCCAACCCGCCGCCAGAAUCGGACGACCCUUGA